AGUUCUGUCUUGUUUUGAAUUUUACUUUGGACGGAUCGGGUAGUACAGUGCCGGCUAUCCUGUAAGUAAUUAUCCAAGUUUUGCGUCGAAAUUUGCAGCAAAAUGAGGGACAACACUCCUCCCAUGUCGCCGUAUUCGUUGGACCAAGAAGAAGCGGAUGAUGAUGAGCUUAUUUACGUCGGCGAAGCGGAUGAAGUCUUAGAGCAAUUGCAAAAUGAAAUGGAAGAUUCAGACAGUGACGAUUCGGUAAACGAUGGUGACGAUUAUGGUGAUUACAUUCCGGAACGGGAUGACGCUUUACUUACAUUCGAGAAACAUACCGCGCCAGUAUUCUGCGGUUCCCUGCAUCCUACUGAAGACUUAGCAGUAACCGGUGGCGAGGAUGAUAAAGCAUAUGUUUGGAAUACGACAAGCGGGGCAGUUAAGUUUGAAGUUCCUGGACACUCGGACUCGGUUAUUGGUUGUGAGUUUAGCUACGACGGAACAUUUUUGGCGACCGGCGACAUCGCCGGGCUGAUACAGGUGUUUAAGGUUACACAGGAUUUUAAGAAGGUAUGGGAAUUUACGAUGGGGGACAUGUGCUGGCUUAAGUGGCAUUUCGGAGCACACGUUCUGUUGGCGGGAGCAGAUAGUGGAGAAAUUUACGUCUGGCGGAUACCUUCCGGAGAUUGUAAAGUGUUGCAGGGUUUUGGAGAGAAAUGUGACGUAGCAAAAUUGACGAACGAUGGAAAAAGUCUCGCUGCAGGGUAUGGAAACGGUGCAUUUAAGAUUUGGGAUCUGAAAACCAGUACUACAUCGUUGGACGUUGCCCCGAGUACGUCAAGUGGACAGGUUAGCAACAUUAUUUCGAUGUCGAUCGAUCGUGAUAGUCAGCUGAUUGCAACAGGGAGUGAAGAGGGAAAGGUAGUCCUUUUCAGGCCCACCGGAUUCGUGGCGAUGUUACCGGUUGAAUGGACUUCUUCCGUUGAUGCGAUCGUGAUUGACAAUCCAGAUUUCGAAAUUAAGGUUGCCGCGACGGGAACAUUGAACGGCAAGGUUACCGUGUGGGAUUUGGCAAGACAGUCUCCUCGUGUGGAAUGUGAAAAUCCCACAGAAGCGGGUAUAAUGAGGUUGCUUUGGGGAAAAGACUGUACUUUGAUUGGAGGAACUCUUGGAGGAAUAAUAAGGGUUUGGGAUCUACGAAGCGGAAGACUAAUCUACGAUUUAUUAGGACAUCGAAAGGAUAUUUUGGAUCUUUCCUACGAUAAGGCAAGGAAUUUGGUGCUUUCCACCUCUGAGGACGGAACUGCAAAGAUUUUUAAAUUGCAGUAGCCUUAACAAUUUUAUGUUUCAUUACAACUAAUUUGUUGUUUAUAUCCAUUGGGGAUAAAAAUGUAAUGUUUUUUAUAUAAAAU